UAAAUAGAAAUAAUAUCCCUUAAACUUGAUACGUCCGAACGUAUAAUUCAACAAUAUGAAACCAAUGAAACAAGCAUUAACCUUAAAACUCAAUCUAAAAUAAUGGGUCUUUGCAUUCAAUUCGAAUCCUUCGCAGAGUAGGAAAUUGAAAAAUUGAUUGAUCAAAUGUUACGAUAUCAAUCUUCGAUUAACAGAGGGGAACAAAGCUUUUUGUUUUUAUAUUAUAAAGUUAAUAUUUAAAAGAGUGUAUAUGCAACCGUAAAAUCCGUAUUUAUCUAGAUACAAGCGCAUGCGCAGCUACGUAGGACGCGUCCUUUUGCGAGUAAGAUAAUGAAAACGUCUUUUCAAAAACUACUCUUUUAUAUUAAACUUUAAAACAAUUAUUAAACAAUUUACCUUUUCUAACAGAAAAAGUAUCCCUGGGAACGAAGUUGACUCAAGUGAUUAAUAAUUUUAAACAGAUGUAAACAAAACACAUAAUGAAGCCCGAUGAUUUCUUUGACGUUCACUAAUAUAAUCUUUUUACAACAUCAACCUUCUCAGAAUCUACUUGCAAAAUUUAAUUAACCGUAAUUAAUUUUGCACUUCAAAUAUCAAAAUUUUAGGCAAAUGUGACAUAUUGAUUUUGUCACUUAGAUAGCGUUUGCCAUUAUCAAGCUUAUUAUCUCGAACUUCCCCUUGGCAAACAAAAGAGUGCGUAUUUUGUCAUUCAAAUGGAAUUUGGACUUAUUCGCCGACGCAGUUAUAUAAAAGCAGAAGUUAUUGAAAUCUCGCCAUUAAAAAAUCAACUUUUUUUACCCAAGUGGAAUAUUUAACAGGAGAAAUUUAUGUCUCUAGGUUCAAUUUGCGCAUGCGUUCUGGGAACGCUGUUAUUGUUAACCAUUGGUUUCACGUUUCUUGGUUUAUAUGUCGAUCAAUGCGUUCUUGGCAAAGGCAAUUCUUUAAAAGUGCAGAUAAAUAGUAUAUCGUUAAAAUCCCGCCCUACCGACAACGUAUUUUUAGGAUGGGAAUCCCUGUUUGGCAAACCAGCCGAUGAAAUCUUAGCUCACUUGAAGUCAGGUUUUAUCUGCUAUAAAAAAACCGAACCUCGAAGUAUAAAACAGCACGAGACUCUUAACUAUGGCGAAGAACUUUCGAUUAAUACUUUUUACAAAAGUGGGUUUGAAUUUUGGUUGCAGGAAUCUGAUGGUGGAUUUGAAGGCAAGGACGACGUUUCGAAGAAAUACACGGUCUCCAGUGAUCAAUUAGAUCAAGUAAGAAAAGCAUUCAAACAUGGCAUCACAGAAAAUGUAAAGUUAGAUUAUACAGUCGUUGUGCACGGGGCGAAUAUUUUCCAAGAAAAUAAGUGGUUCGGUUUUAUUGCUAAAAAUUUAUGCAUAAGUGCAUUAGACUUUGUGUCUGGUCCUGCAGCCAGAAUUGGUCGAAAGGUGGCACGGAAAACCAUUCUAAAAUCAUCCAAAAUGGCCAGACUUUAUUCUACAGUUAAAAGUCAAUAUAAGGGAAGAACAAUUACGAAAAAGAAGUUGUAUAAAGCUAUGCUUGCGUACCAAUAUAGCGAAGGCUCACAAGCGUUAGAUGCUAUGGGCGUUAAUGCAAGAUUUGUGAUCAAGAAAUGGGCAUUGAGUGAAACGACCUUACGUAAUGAGAUGAGAAAGACAGUGUACGCUACCACUGGCAAAGAUGGCUUGAAUACAUACCAGAGACUCAACAGCGAGCUUGAUACGUGGAGUGGUUACAUGGAAUCAUUGACUGAUUCGAUGGAAUUUUGUUUGUCCGAAAUUAUACCGAAAGCACGAAAGGCGUUGUAUCAUGUCCAUGUCACAAUAACAGAGUAAAAAAUCCAGGCUAAGUGAAAGCAUGAAGCUGGCUCGAACGUGUUGCCAGCAAACAAAAACAAAAUGGUACAUCGAUAUAAACACUGUUUUGUUAUUAUGACUUAUAAAUACUUUUUAAUUUUUGUUCAAGCGUAAGAAAAACCCCUAAUACA